AUGAACACGCCCCCUCCCAAUCUCGUGCUCGUGCCCUUUACGCUCCGUCACGUCACAGCGCCGUUCAAAGCGACGCCCUUCCCCGCCGGCGCAACUGCGGACGAAGCAGCCGCUCAUCUCUCGGCGGAUCCACACUUUCUCCCGGCUAUUCGCACGGCGUACGGACUGGAGGAGGAAGACCUCACUCUCCGGGCGCAGAGAAACCCGGCGGUGCCGUGGGGAAGCGGCGCGUGGACAGCUGAGGGGGACUUGCACGGUCCGGUUACCCUGGCGAGUCAGCCGAAACUCCCCCAGCUCCCCCUGCCCGACCCCGUGAGGCGCUACCUCGAAUCGCUCGAACAGCAGAUCAAGUCCCUCCAGUCGGCCAACGCGGCGAAGGACGAACAAGUGGCUAUUCUCCUCAACGAGCUGCAGGACCUAAAGGCCAAGCUCUCCGCGCUCGAGGAAGACAAAGCGGUCGCCUUGCUGCUCGAAGCGCAUCGCAAGGCUUUGAAAGGUCUUGGAGUCGCCGCUGUGGAGAAGGGCAUUGAUCUGAACCUCGAAGAAGCAGAGGAGGUCGCUGUGGGUUGGAGACUGCUCGAGCAGGGGCGAGGAGGGUUCUUGGAGGCGACGCGGAAGCUGCUCACCAAGCCACCUGAGCUCUUUUGGCACUCGCUCUCGAAGGACCUCCGCGAGAAGGUCAGGUCGGGCCUCGUCAACCUCAAGAACCGCGACGGACCCAGCGCUCCUUACAUCCGCAUCCUCAACAAAAUCAUGAACGACCCGGGCGUGCGAGACCUCCGCAACACGCGCAACGAGCUCGUCCAUGAGGGUGCCCUCGACGACGAGGUCAAGACCGUGCUCCUCACCUUUGCCGAAGGACGUCUCUCGGACGACGAUGCGAAGCACAUUAUUCAGUUGGCCAACAACGUUUAUGUGCCGUCAGGUGCACCGCCGCCCGAGAUCGAUUUGUUCAAGCUGUAA